AUGGGAAGAGGGACAGCAGAAACUAAAGCAGCAGAUGAGGCGGUGGCAUUGGCAAUAGACAAGGACAAAGGAAGCCAGCAUGCUAUCAAAUGGGCUGUUGAUCAUCUUCUCACUAAGGGCCAACAUCUCACCCUCCUCCAUGUCAAACAUACCCUUCCCAAUCAUGUUUCGGUCUCCGAAGAGGGGGAGGAAGCUGAAAAUGUAUACAAAAAACCGGUUGAUGCUGAAACAAAAGAACUGUUUCUUCCAUUCCGUUCCUUUUGCAAGAAAAAGUUGAUAAAGUGCGAUGAAGUCGUAGUUGAGGCUGCUGAUAUACCGAAAGCCCUCAUCAACUAUGUUAUCUCUAAUUCAAUUGAGAUUUUGGUACUUGGUGCACCAUCAAGACACAGUUUUUUCAGAUCCUUCAAAGUAACAGAUGUUCCAAGUUGUGUGAUAAAAGGGGUACCGGAUUUUUGCACUCUGUAUGUCAUUGGCAAAGGCAAGAUAUCCUAUAUGCAAACAGCUACCAUUCCACCACCCAAAAAAGCUCGUAACCAAAUUCAUAAACAAUCCAGCAAAGUUUCCGAAUCAAAUGGUACGCAAUCCAUGCGUAAACAGCAACCAAGAGCAUCAGGAAAGAGGACACAUUCUGCGCCCGAUAGCCUGAUGGUAGAUGACACUGAAAUCAAGCCACCCUUCACAAGAGGACGAGCUUCAAUGAACAACUCAUAUGACCUUUCGCAAGAGAGUACCGAUAUAUCGUUUGUGAGCAGUGGAAGGCCAAGUAUUGAUCAAUUUGACAACCGAAGCUCUGCGUCAUCUUACUCAAGACACCAGUGUAUUGACAUGAGCUCUUCCCCACAAGACUUCUCAUCAUCCUCAAUGGAAAGUGGAAAAUCAUGGUUAUCAUCACACAACAUGGAUGAAGUGGAAGCCGAGAUGUGGAGGCUCAAGCUAGAGCUCAAGCAAACAAUGGAUGUGUAUAACAUGGCCUGCAAGGAGGCGGUCACGUUAAAUCAUGAGGAACUUGACAGAUGGAAAUUGGAGGAGGAACAUAGAUUACAUGAGGCACACAUAACAGAGGAAGCUGCAUUGGCACUAAUAAAGAAGGAGAGAGAGAAAUGUAAGGCAGCCAUGGAGGCGGCAGAAGCAGCUCAAAGGAUUGCUGAAUUGGAAGCACAUAAAAGGAGGAACGCGGAAAUGAAAGCCCUUAAAGAAGCAGAAGAGAGGAACCAGGCAACAGAAGCAAGGGCAUAUAAUCUAAGGUACAGGAAAUACACAAUUGAGGAGAUUGAAGCAGGAACAAAUAAAUUUUCACAAACUGACAAGAUUGGAGAAGGAGGCUAUGGGCCAGUAUACAGGGGUGAACUGGAUCACACACAAGUGGCAGUCAAAAUUCUAAGUCCAGGUGCAGCGCAAGGACGUUCGCAGUUCCAACAAGAGGUUGAAGUAUUGAGCUGCAUACGACAUCCGAACAUGGUUCUCCUUCUUGGAGCCUGCCCAGAGUAUGGUUGUCUGGUCUAUGAGUACAUGGCUAAUGGGAGCUUAGAAGACCGUCUCUUCCAGCGAGGUAACACCCCAGUUAUUCCUUGGCAGCUAAGGUUCCGAAUCUCUGCAGAAAUUGCCACUGGGCUUUUGUUCCUUCACCAGUCCAAGCCAGAGCCACUUGUACACCGUGACCUAAAACCCGGCAACAUUUUGCUAGACCAUAACUAUGUUAGCAAGAUUAGUGAUGUAGGUCUGGCCAGGCUUGUUCCUCCAUCAGUAGCUGACUCUGUCACUCAGUACCGAAUGACAUCAACAGCUGGAACAUUCUGUUAUAUCGACCCAGAGUAUCAGCAAACCGGCAUGCUUGGAACAAAAUCUGAUAUCUACUCGCUUGGGGUCAUGCUUCUACAAAUAAUAACUGCCAAACCGCCGAUGGGUUUGACUCAUCAUGUUGAGCAGGCUAUUGAACUAGGGACCUUUGCUGAGUUGCUUGACCCUGCUGUUCCUGACUGGCCAAUUGAGGAGGCCUUGAGCUUUGCCAAGUUAUCUUUACAGUGUACUGAAAUGAGGCGAAAAGACAGACCAGAUCUUGCCAAGGUUGUGCUACCUGAGCUUAACAGAUUGAGAGCACUCGCCAAAGAUAGCAUGCAUUACAACAUGCUUGGUGGUUGUGGUGGUGGAGUAUACUCGCCAAGACAAGGCUCAGUUUCCAGAAAACAAGAUGUGCUGAGUGACAUGCAUCUACCAAGAUCUGGAUAUGAUAGUUCAAGGAGCCAUUCAAGCACAUCAUCUUAG